GUGCAAGCCCCACAGAUCUCUGGCUUUCUUUCUCUCUCGGCUCUCAGAAUUAGAACACAGCCUGCAACGCAGUGAUCGACAGUCACUGCUAUGCGGAUUUUCAGAUCAACUCUCUUCACUCUCCCUCUUCUCUUUGCCCUUUUCCUUCUCCUCCAUUCUACCAUCUCCGCCGGCUCUGACCUCCAUUAUUCCCGCUUCCAUGUUAGCCCUGGAGUGUUGGUUCGGGCAGUGGAGCUGUCGAAGACGACGGGGAGGAAUCUGGCGGAAGCUACCGUUGAUAAUUCAUCUCUGAUUUUGGCUGAGAGUAGGACGCAGAGGAAAGACCCUCUUAAUAAUUUUGAGCUCUAUACUGGGGGUUGGAAUAUACGCAAUAAGCAUUACUGGGCUUCUGUUUCCUUUACAGCAGCUCCCUUCUUUGUCAUCGCUGGGGUUUGGUUCAUUGUGUUUGGAUUGUCUUUGAUGCUCAUCUGCCUAUGCUACUGCUGCUGUCGAAGGGAGCCUUAUGGAUAUUCUCGAUUGGCUUAUGCUCUUUCUCUCAUUUUCCUCAUCCUCUUUACUAUUGCAGCAAUUGUUGGGUGUGGUGUUUUGUACACGGGUCAGGGGAAGUUUCACAGCAUCACAACAAGUACACUGGACUAUGUAGUGAGUCAAGCUGAAACAACUGUUGACAAUCUCCGUAAUGUAUCAGAUUACCUUAGUGCGGCUAAGAAGAUAGGAGUUGCAUCAGCGUUUCUUUCUGGAGAUGUCAAAGGCAAAAUCGAUGAUAUUGAUAGAAAGCUCAACUCUUCUGCUACAACUCUUUCUCAGAAGACUGGAGAUAAUUCAAAGGAUAUCCAAUCUGUACUCAAUCACAUAAGGCUUGCUCUUAUAAUUCUUGCUGCUAUUAUGCUCCUUCUGGCAUUUCUUGGCUUUUUAUUUUCCGUCCUCGGGAUGCAGUCUCUUGUGUACUCCUUGGUGAUCAUUGGUUGGAUUCUUGUUGCUGGCACAUUCAUUUUGUGUGGAGUUUUUCUUCUCCUCCAUAAUGUUGUAGAAGACACAUGCGUUUCAAUGAAUGAGUGGGUUCAAAACCCAACUGCUCAUACAGCUUUGGAUGAUAUCCUCCCGUGUGUGGAUAAUGCCACAGCCCAAGAAACUCUCGCACAAUCAAAGAAUGUGGCAUUUCAACUUGUUACUGUGGUUAACAAUGUCAUCACUGGAAUUGCAAAUCGUAACUUUCCACCAAAUGUUGGACAACCCUUUUAUUUCAAUCAAUCUGGUCCAUCAAUGCCCAUCCUCUGCAGCCCUUUUCAUUCAGACCUCACUGAUCGUUCGUGUGCAUCGGGUGAAGUGGAACUGCAUAAUGCUACUAAGGUUUGGAAGAACUUUGUGUGUGAAGCUUCAGCUUUUGAGAUUUGUACAACUCCUGGUCGGCUGACCCCAACCUACUACAGUCAAAUGGCAGCUGCAGUAAACGUAACCUUCGGCUUGUACAAGUAUGGCCCAUACUUGGUCAGUUUGGAAGAUUGCACGUUCGUGCGGCAGACAUUCACAGACAUACAAAACGACUAUUGUCCUGGGUUGCGCCGUUACACAAAGUGGAUCUACGUUGGACUGGUUCUGGUGUCUGCAGCCGUGAUGCUGUCGUUAGUUUUCUGGGUUAUCUAUGCCAGAGAGCGUCGACAUCGCGUCUUUACAAAGAGCCAUCAGGGCAAUUACGCCCAGUGAUAGCGAAGAACACCGCUGUAAGGAACGCCCAUCCAUGUAUGCUUGUAGCUAUAUUUGAACAUUAUGUGAGUGCUUAUUUAUUUCUGUACAAAGUUUUGAACGGUUCUUGUUUAUUAUGAUGGAACGUUGUUUUGUUGACACAAAGUUCAAAUUUUUAGUUGAGGUUUUCAAAAA